AUGUAUCAUCCCCGACUGGUCGUUGCAGGAAGUGGCAACCUGGAAGUUGAUUUCGGAAAAGGUUAGCAGGGAUUUUUCUUUCAACAGCACUUAAUUGUUCUUCUCACAGUGACUCAGUCCUUCUGUAGCAGUAGAGAGAGAUGAGGAGGGACGAAAGGGACGCAUGCUGGAAGUAGUAAGUUGCUGACUGACGUUCUUGGUGUUCCUGGACACACGUGACCACCACCAUGUCUCGUGCCCACCAGCCCCCCCUGGUGACGGGCAUCUCACCCAACGAGGGCACUUCAUGGACCAAGGUCACCAUCCGAGGAGAGAACCUGGGUACAGGCCCCGCAGACCUCGUUGGUCUCUCCAUCUGUGGUCACAACUGCCUGCUGACGGCUGAGUGGAUGUCAGCCAGUAAGAUAGUGUGUCAUGUGGGCCCAGCCAAAGACGAUAAGGGAGAGAUCAUCGUCAGCACCAAGUCAGGAGGCCACGGCACCUCCACCGUCUCCUUCAAGCUGCUCAAGGCUGAGAAGAUCGGUAUCCUGGACCAGUCUGCUGUGUGGGUGGAUGAGAUGAACUAUUACGACAUGAGAACCGACCGCAACAAGGGCAUCUCUCCCCUCUCCCUACGCCCCAGCAAUCCAUUGGGCAUCGACGUAGACAAGGGUAAGGUCCCUCUGAAAGAUCUGGAGGCCAUGUUCCCAGGGGUGAGUGGGGAUUUCACCAGCGAGAACUUCUCAGCCACCUGGUACCUAAUCGAGAACCACUCUGUCACCAGUUUUGACCAGUUGCGUAUGGCAGCCAGUAACCUGAAGAAGCAGGCCACUAGGAAGAACGAGGGCAGUCUGGCCUACGUGAAGGGAGGCCUCAGCACUUUCUUUGAGGCACAGGACGCCCUCGCAGCGAUCCACCAGAGGUUGGAGUCUGAUGGAACAGAGAAGGUGGAGGGCUCCAUGACCCAGCGCCUGGAGAAUGUCCUCAACAGAGCCAGUGAUACAGCAGACACUCUGUUCCAGGAGGUUUUGGGGAGGAAGGAUAAAGCUGAUUCAACACGUAACGCCCUCAACGUUCUGCAGCGCUUCAAGUUCCUCUUUAACCUGCCACUCAACAUUGAACGAAACACACACAAGGGAGAUUAUGAUGUGGUGAUCAACGACUAUGAGAAAGCCAAGUCUCUGUUUGGGAACACUGAGGUCCCCGUCUUUAAAAAAGUGUAUGCCGAGGUGGAGACUAGGAUCGGGGCUCUGAGGAGUCUGCUACUGGACAAACUACUGGAGACGCCGUCUACCUUGCAUGAUCAGAAGAGAUACAUCAGGUAUCUGUCUGACCUGCAUGCACCAGGGGACCCUGCCUGGCAGUGUAUCUACGCCCAGCACAAGUGGAUCCUCGGACUGAUGCAGAACUGCAAGGAGGAGUUUAUCAAUGACCAGAGAGUGGGGUUGGGGGCCAUAGCCCUGGAUCUAGAGGGGGACCCUCGCCCGUCGGCCCUCAGCAGGAUCAGGGACACAGCUUCUCUGAAGAGGGGGUGCAGUCUGCGUACCCCCCGCCCCAGCACCUGGCGUUAUGAGACGCCCCAGCAGGUGCAGUUUGUGGAGAAGCUGUCGGACGUGGUGAUUGGCCAGCUGCCCAACUUCUGGAAGCUCUGGAUCUCUUACGUCAACGGAAGCCUCUUCAGCGAGACUGGUGAGAAAUCUGGCCAGGUGGAGAAAUCGAAGAAGAAUGCCAGACAGAGACAGAACGACUUUAAGAAAAUGAUUGAGGAGGUGACCCAUCGCCUGGUGAAGCUGGUGAGAGGUGCUCUCCUCCCCUCUACUCUGACUGAGCUGGAGCUGAGGCUGUAUGGGGGCUGGGAGAGUAAGACUGAACUCACUGGACCCUGGCUCACACAGGUCAUACACACUGUCAGAAUCAUUUUUGAAGCUCUGGUUGCUCUGGAGAUCCCUAAUGAUCUGCUGCAGGUGAUCCAGGAUCUACUGUUGGAGCUGAGACACCACUGUCUACUGGUCACACUGCACCACACCGCAGGGGAUGUCAAAAGGCUUGCAGAGAAAGAGGACUGGGUCGUAGACAAUGAAGGAAUCACCAGCUUGCCAGCCCAGUUUGAGCAGUGCCUGGUGCAGAUGCUGCAGUCACUCAAAGAACCCAUGGAGACCAAACCUGGGGAGGUCAAUAUCCUUCAGUUGGAUCAGGCCCAAGAUCAAGCCUCAGAGCUCUGUGUGGACAUCAUGAAGGUGUUUGUCAACUGCCUGGAGCAGCUGAGCAAUAAAACAGAUGGGGACAUCGACACUUCACAUAUAUCAGUGGACCUUGCCUCUCCAGACCCAUUCAGUGGCCUUCAGGAAGACUUCUGUGCAACACCGGAGCAGCGUCUGCUGAUAAUCCUGAGUAACUGUCAGUACCUGGAGAAACACACCUUCCUUAACAUGGCUGAACACUUUGAGAAACACGGUUUCACCGGGACUGACAAGAUCACACAGGUGAGUGUCCAUGCAGUGAAGGAGCUGGAUGAGAGUCUGUUUGAUGCCUACAUUGAGAGGAAGUCAGAUCCCAUCGUAGGAUCCCUAGAACCAGGCAUCUACGCUGGAUACUUCGACUGGAGGGACUGUAGUACACCUACAGGUGUGAGGAACUACCUGAAAGAAGCCUUGGUCAACAUCAUCACUGUUCAUGCUGAGGUCUUCACAGUGUCAAAGGAGCUAGUUCCCAGGGUUCUGACUAGAAUCGUUGAUGGUGUGGCGGAGGAGAUGAGCCGUCUCAUGCAGUGUGUGUCAUCCUUCAGCAUGAACGGAGCCAUACAGGCCCGUUUGGAGAUCAAUGCUCUGAGAGAUGUUGUAGCCUCAUACCUGUCAUCUGAGAGCCACGCCAACUUCAAGCAGGCUCUGGAGGCCCUCCCCCAGUUACACAGUGGAGCAGACCAAAAGUUUCUCGAGGAGUUGCUAAAUAGGUUUAAGAGCAGUAUGCAGCUUCAACUCACCUGUUUCCAGCCCUCUAAUGUCCAGCCUGUCAAGAGAUGAGCCAAACGUCUGUACGUCUCUUCAACAUUAAUAUAAUGGCAUUAUAGUAUCUCUAUCUAUCAAAUCAUUUGCAAUGCCUAUUUACUUGUCUCGAUAAGCUUUCACAGCCUUUUGUUCAAUUGUUAUAAGAUCUAUAGUAGACUGGAAAUUUGCCUUUUCUCACACUAAUCACGUUUUUUAUCUUAGAUAUGUACACUAAUUUGCUGAGGGGCAAUUCCACGGCAACAGAAUUACGCUUUAACUCAGUUUUUUCACCUUAAAAUCUAUGCCAAAAAAAACAUUGAUUUCAAAACUUAAACUCUACUACUCUAUGCACAGGGACGAUUUUCAACAAUCCACUGAAAAAAUAUACAAAUUUAGUGGAAGAACUUUCCAGAUGCAAACUUUGGUAACAGAAUUGUGGUAAAAUCUCCCUCAGACUUUUAUGCAGCAAUGUUUUCCAAAAACCCAGUUAAAUAUCUGCUCCUAAUUAAGAUUGAAAGAUGUCUGCAUAAAUCACCUAUGAAAUGACACCUUGAGUUUGAUCAAAUCUAUUUUGGUUAUUGAAAUACAGUAAGUGAAGUGGAUUUACACCUGGUUACAGAAUUAAAGUAAUGAACAAACUAACGUCGUGGGUCACUGAUCUGUAAUACACAGAAAUGCAGAAUUAUGGAUUUGAAUGUCAUUCACCUAAUGUUUCACAAGUUUGGACAUCACAGUAGAGUACAGUACAGCACAAUAAAGCACAGCAGAAUAGAGUAUAGUUAAGUACAUACGUCAAUGAUAGAUUCAGAUCUGGUCCGUUCCAUCUGUCGUUAACAUCAAGGCCAGGGUGGACUAACCAACUUUCAACUACUUUUCAACGUCCAUGGACAUCCAGUGUCGGUCAGUGCUCAGUGAGUGAGGCUGCUGGUUACAGUCAAUUAAGAAUUGAGGGGGCUCAUGGGUAGGUGUCAGUAAGCGCUGGGAGAGGUGACAUAACUUGAGAUGAGAGAGAGGCAAAGAGAGGAAGGGGUUGCUGAACAUAACAGUUUGCCAGUGGAAGGAAUGACAGGAGCAGGGCUCCCAACUGUGGUUUGUGACUAUUGAGAUUUCCCAUUGUAGCCAAUUCAGUUGCUGUAAUUCUGUUAGAUGUUUUUGUAAUUGUUUUUGAGUUUUAAUCACUUAAUAAUUCAUAAACAAAAUUGAUAUCAGUAAAAUCACUAUAAUUAAUGAUACAGUAUGUGGGUAUUUGGUAACAGAAUUACAAGGCAAUAUUUCUUCAAAUUAAAGACAGGAAAACAAUUCCUCAAACUAAAUAUAAGUGUUGAUAUUAGUUGGCAGGGUAAUUUACAUCAACAUUAUUGUGUUUUGAUGUAUUUAUAAUACAUUUUAAGACUUUUUCUGAUAGAUGUUGUUUUUAAGACCCCUUUUCCAUCUGUUUAUCCAGAAAUCAAAGCAUUUACUUACGCCUCAUUUUUAAGAUGGAAAAUGGCUGAAAAAGGUAUCUAUGACUUAAUUUGCCAAUAAUAUUGACUCUUAACUUUCAUUUGACACUCAAUCUUAUAUGCUCCUAUAAACUUAAUGUUUUGGUGCUCAUGGGUUAUUUUUGAUGGAAAGACCCAGAGUAAUUACAUGGUUAAUAUGGGCAGUCCCUCUACUGUAGAAUCAUGCUAAUUAUAAUAUUGUUAGAUGGCCGCUCAUCUAGCAAUCAGCAUCCAGUCCCUUUUGGCAAGGCUGAUUUUAGAGGCAGGACUGUCUCUACUCUCUCCUGCUAAGAAAUAUGGCAGAGCCAGCCAACAGCUCUCUGAAUGUUCAUAAAGAAACUGCAGGUGUGUCAUUGUGUGUUAUAUGUGGAAUUUGUGUGAAAAUGUUUCAGUGCUGUUUUGUCCUCAAAUUAAAAGACCUGCCAAUUAAAAUACA